AUGGCUGCUGCCAUGAAAAUCACCCUCGCCCUGGCGGCCAUGGCCAUCUUGAGCACCGCGUCAGCGAUGACAUACAACGUUGGCGAGCCGGCCGGCGAGUGGGGCUUCGGCAUCAACUACGGCAGCUGGGCAUCCUCCAAGCAGUUCAUCCCCGGUGACAGUAUCGUCUUCAAGUACUCACCGCAGGCGCAUGACGUGCUUGAGGUCAGCAAGGCCGACUACGACUCCUGCAGCGCCGCAAACCCAAUGACCACCCUCAAAACCGGCAACGACGUCGUCGCACUCCCCGCCACCACUAGUAGAAAACAGGACUUUCGUGGGAAUAGGGGAUACUCCGCGGCGCAGGCGCCGCCGCCGCUCUUCUCUGUGACGCAGAGGAGGAGCCGGAGCAGGGAGGGCAGGCCAGCCGGUGUUAUAAAAGCGACAAGCAAAUAA